AGCUGUACUAAUCUGAGGAGAAAACUUCUGUAGGCUAAAACUCAACUACGCUGUGUGCAUUCGGUUGUUUUAACCAGAAACUGCAGUGCAAUAACUUUUAAAACCCGUGCGUAAUUCAUUUUCAAAGAAUGAUCCUUAAACGGCGGUGCGUAGCCUAAUUGGGUUUCAAUUCCCAUGAUGGAUGUAAAGUGCGCAAUGGCUCUAAAUGAAGUUAUGAGAAUCAGAAGGAUAUGGGCACGUUUCCACUAAGACGCCAGUAUUUGCACAGUGUACUGUGCUGAUUUGACAUUUCAUUGGAAGUGUUAAUGGUGAAAACGCUUCCUGUAACUGCGUAUCGCACAGAUAAAUGGAGUAACGGAAAGGAGGGGGCGCAGAGAACUUUACACGGCGUUCAAGUGAUGGUCAGUCAACUCAAGUGGACUUUCCGCUUCAGGAGUGCCAAUACCGUCUUAUUAUUAUCACAGGCACAGCGGAGUAACCCACAAGGGACAGGUCACCGCGUCUGCGAGACAGAAUAAAAAGUGAGCUGGCCCGCUACUUGAGCAAGGACGCACACGGGACUUGGACCACCGGAUCUUUCAGCUGUUUGUCCACUCUCUCCAUACAGUCGACCGGUGUUCACAGGAUGACAACAGAUGUUCAGCGAAUACUCAUAUGACUUCAGAAGCUUUGACUUUUUUCCUACAGAGGACCAGGCUAUACGGGGACAUAUUUCGGACUGGACACAAGCAGGAACCUAAAGUUGCGCACAGUUCUUUCCAAUUAUAUCCUUGUUGAACGCACGCAACGUAAUCACACAGUAUUGGAAAAGGCUAUAUCGACCUGAAGGUCUCCGGUUCAACUUCUUUCCCCAGAAGCGUUGGAGAAGGAGUUCACUUUUUCUCUCUCUCCACGGGAGCUAUGAGCGGACUGCGUAAGCACGUCACUAUGCGACUGGUGCUACUGAUAUGCACGCUGACCGGCCACUGCAGCGUGAGUGCGCCGUCGGCGGCUCCGGCGCCUGCUGCAGCCGGCCGGGGCGCGCAGCAGGACUUGAUGCGGAUGGUAGAGAUCGUAAAACACGUGGAGGAGAGCCGUGGUCGCCACAGCGCAAAAACGGAAGCCCCGUUAACAUCAAGGUCGAGGAGCUCUCCGGUGGAACCAAAGGAUUUACACAACAUGAAAACAGACAGAGGGGAUCAGACUGUCGCCGUAUUCCCCAGAGAUCUCAGAAAGAAGGAGAAAUUCCUAAAACAUAUAACAGGUCCACUUUACUUCAGUCCCAAGUGCAGGAAGCAUGUGUACAGACUCUACCACCACACCAGAGACUGCACUAUACCUGCAUAUUUCAAAAGAUGUGCGCGGCUUCUCACCAGACUAGCCGGCAGCCCGCAGUGCACAGAGGGGUAGCACACACAAGGUUGAAACCAAACACAAGUUUUACACGAGAAAACAACUUGGGAAAAGGACAGUAAGAGGGAAGCCUAAAAUACUCUGACCAGCCCCAACUGACAUUAGGCACAGUAUUGCCCUUCAGUGAGGCCUGCUCUGCUAAGGCAUGGAUUACUGCCUCUCACCGCUCUGGCUGGGGCUCGAUGGUUGGCUGUCACCACGAGGAAGGCAACCAGCCAACAAAACCAGACCAAGAUAAAGAUAGUGAAGCUGAAAAGUGGAGAAAGAAACAAGUGGCUGAGAGAAACAACCGUGAGCCAAUUUUCCUGCUGGCAUCCAUAAAGAUG